AUGUCUCAAGCAGCUCGCGAUUCGUGUAAAGAUGAUGGACGAUUGGAUUAUUAUUCUCAGAUUUCACCGGAAUAUCAGUUCGAAAGGCCAGCAAUUGAUUGUUUAUUAGACCAUAUAUGGAGUCAAGAAGCUCGAAAACCGGCGAUCGAUAAACUAAUUGAAGAAUAUUUAGAAAGAAUCGGUAGUCCACUAAUAUACUACCCUUCUGCGAACAUCGCACCACUGAUAACUAUGGAAAGAGAAAACGAAACAAAAAAGCAUUCACGUUCAUCUACUCAACAGACGCAAACUCCGAGUCGAGCAAUUCAACAUUAUCAAUCAGCUCCAUCGUUCUAUCAUACACCGGUCACAUCCGGCAACGAUGCAACUCAUUGUUGUCAGAAGAAUUAUGAAUUUCAACAGACAGCUUCAACACCUUUACUUCGUACACCAUUUUCUACCCGAUCGCAUCGUUCCUCAUCGAUGGCGAUUGAUGGGUUUGCAAAUACACCUUGUAGUCGACUAUCGAUUUCAUCCAAUCAAGACACACCUAUUACGGAUCGUUGUGUUGCUAAUGGAAACAGUAGUAAAGAUAAUCGACUGAAACGAGCUGCUGUUCACGAACGUCGGCAAGCCACUCGACAUUUCGGAAAAGUUCAACCUGGUUUAAUAUGGACAUCACCUUUACCUAUUCGAGCACGAACAUUCUCCAUGCGGCCGCCAUCCUUAUCAUGCAAGAUUUUUCUUGGUGGUAUUCCGCACGAUUUGAACCUGCGAGAUUUGCAAGAACGCUUAGAGAGUUUUGGCUCCGUUCGGUUAGAAUGGCCGAAUAUGGACAAUAUACCAAUACAUAGACAUUCACCGAAUACCAUGGCUGGUUUUGUGUAUGCGGUUUACGAAAAUGAAGAAUCAGUUCAUCGGAUUUUGCAUGCUUGUUCAACGAAAACAGAUCGAACGUUGGAUGAUGGUCGAUGCGAAUAUUACCUCGAUGUGAUCAGUCAAAGAACAGGCUUUCGUCGAAAGAACAUCCAAAUCAUUCCUUGGUUUGUGGAAGAUUCUCAAUGGUUAACAGAAGAAGAUACUACAUCAAACGCUUGUUACGGAACUUGGGAACAACGACUGGGUUCCACAGAAUGUAUCAAUCGAACUGUUUUUGUCGGUGCUCUACAUGGUAUGAUGACUGCAUACGCUUUAGCUCGAAUUUGUCAGGAGCUAUUCGGAGAUGUGGAAUAUGCUGCCAUAGACACUGAUAGAAACAAAUAUCCAAUAGGCUCUGGUCGUGUUGUAUUUGUAAACAAUCAUAGUUAUUAUGCUGCGGUCACUGCGAAUUAUUUAAUGAUUGAAUGCGAUAAAUUUUGUAAAGUGAUACAAAUUGAUCCUUAUCUCUCGGACAGUGUUUCAUGCGCUGGCGUGGAUGGCGAGUGGUGCCCAAACGUGGGACAGUUCUUUUGUCGUUCAUUGAAAUGCAUGAAAUAUUACUGUGCAACAUGCUGGGAUUCAAAUCCUAACCAUCAAGUAACAUCAGCGAUGACUAAUAAUACCGAAUGUGAACCUCCGGCUAUGAUUCAUAAACCAUUGAUGCGCAACGCUAGAAAUUCCUAA